CUGAACGACUCAUGAAGUCUAGUUACAGACCUCAGCACUUUUGGUGAUUUUUUUUUAGUGCAAUUACUUAUUCUUACCAAUCGUUUGUGUGGUGCCAUUCUUGAUCCUGGCAAUCGGGGUGGACGAUGUGUUUAUCUUCUUGUACUGCUAUCAUCGUACCGAUUCGCGCCUUCCGGUUGAAGAACGGAUUGCAAAAAUGCUUGCUGAAGCUGGACCUUCAAUAACAAUUACAUCGCUCACGAAUUUUCUAUCCUUUGCCAUCAGUGCGUUCACUCCAACCCCAGCCAUACAGAAAUUAAUUUAA